ACGAGAGCACGAAGCUUCUGUCUCAUCCACAAACUUGCAUCCUUCACAAGACGUCUUUUAAAGAAGGCAUUUUUGCUACCUGCUUCUUCAGUUACUUGUUAAGAACAAGAUGACCAGUAUACGUGAAGUUGGUGGAACGGGAGGAAACCCUUUCAAUUUUAAUGGCAUUGAAACUGGAAACUUGUUGAAAAGGAUCCAGGUUUGGGAAGGUGAUUCUCAGAUAAAAGCCGUGAUGGUGUGGCUUACUGAUGACCGGUCAGGACAGUUUGGUGUUAUGGCUGGGAGUCAGCGGGAGUUUACAUUUGAAAAAGAUGAGAUAUUCGCCUCCCUUUCACUUUGGCCAGAUGAAGAUGGUACACAUCUCGGUGCCAUCAAAUUCAAGACAAGUAUUGGGAAUCAGUUCUAUGCAAGCAUGAAAAGUGGUACGCUGCAACCAGAAGUAAAAGUUGAUGUUGCCACUGGGAAAUGCAUUGGAAUCCAAGGACGUUCUGGGUCUGCCAUUAAUUCCUUCGGCUUCAUCAUGGUCAAGAAGCCAUCUGCUUAGCUUACCAAUGUGGUGCAUCCCACCGUUUCUAUAGUCUCACCCAAAGUGACAAAUCACCCAAAUCUCAUAUAUUAAAUCAUUUGAAUCAGUAAUGUUUGUGUUUGAGGUUAUCUUAGUUUGAUUGUUUUUCAUAUUAGCUUUUCAUUAAUCAUGAUUCUUUUGUUUGAUUUUUUUCUCCAAACCUGUUAACCAAUAAAAAAAGUGAUUUGAUUUA